UGUCUAGGCAUUUCCGGUGUUUAAAAGACGGACUUGUGGGACAGAUUCAAGCAAUGAGUCAAGCUUUAGGAGAAAGAGAUGAGGAUAAUCGUGGGGUCUCAAUUGCGGCACGAGGGGAAACCCCACGGCUGAGGUUGCUUGAUCAAGCUCUAAGGCAACAGAAAUCGUAUCGACAAAUGAGUCUCGUGGAAGCUCAUCCUUGGCGUCCACAACGUGGUUUGCCUGAACGCGCGGUGACGGCGUUAAGAGCUUGGCUCUUUGAGCACUUUCUUCACCCAUAUCCAAGUGAUGUUGAUAAGCAUAUAUUGGCCCGACAGUCUGGUUUAUCAAGAAGUCAGGUAUCGAAUUGGUUCAUUAAUGCAAGAGUUAGGCUAUGGAAACCAAUGAUUGAAGAGAUGUAUUGCGAGGAAACAAGAGGAGGAGAAGAACAACAAAUGGAUAUUAUAAACCCGAUGUUCGUCGAUACUAAACCGGACCCGGACCAGAUAAUUCAAGUCGAACCGGAAUCUUUGUCCUCCAUAGUUACAAAGUGAGAAUUUAUGAGAAUUUAUGAGAAUUAAGAAAGAUAAGAGAAAUUAAAUGAAGAACAUAGAAAAUAAUGAGAGACUUUCUUGAAAGAUAAUGAGAAAAGAGGAAUUGAAUUGCUUGAUUGU